GCUGAGAAUCUUACUUCGCUUCCGGUCAACAUGCCUGAUGCUGUCUCGCCUAUCGAUGCUUCCGACCUCGAGGCUGGGCUUGGUCAACUCCCGGCUGAAGUUGAAGCUGACAAUCCGUUCCAAUCUCCCGCUACACCUGUAAUAGAAAUGCAAGCUGAGCGAGUUGGCACUUCCAGCCUCUCUGGCCAGACCGUUGUCCGCCAUGGAGCCAUCGUUAGUGGUCCGCUGUCCCUUCUAAGCGUCCACCGAGAGAAGAUUCUCUUCUGGUCUAUGGCAAUGCUACUUCAAGCGAGCUUUCUCUCCACUGUUGCCUCGUUCGCCAGUAUUGCGGCUGAGUUUGACCUUGGUCGUACUGUCGAUCGUCUCGAUGUCGUUUGGGUGGGAAUCUCUGUCUUCCUGCUCAUCGUGUUCGGCAUUCUCGUCGCUGCUCUCUGGGCUCGUCGACAUGUUGCCAGAGCCGUCCGCGAGCAUCGCCGAGAGCAGCGUAACCAAGAGUGGAUUGAGAUGUCCAAGCUUGCCAACCGCGGCUGGGCACUUGGUCUUCGCAAUAGCUCGGACGCCCUCAGACGAGUCAUGGGCUUGGAUACCGUGCCCGAGAUCGCAUCUCACAAUGGACGCACCUUGGGCGAGCAGGUCUCAGAGACUCUUCACAACUCUGCUGGUACCAAUUUUGGUAGUCGACGUGCUUCUCACCGUGUCUACGAUCGUGCUCGUCGUUCCGGAGGCAUCUUCGAUCCCGAUGCUAUCCCUGAGCUUGCUGGACUUUCUGGUGUUAUUCCCCGACACAAUGACCGCAUUGGCAUUGCUCGAAGCGACUCCCUUAUCGAGCAGAAGAGCACCAAGUCGACCCGUCGCCGAUCAUGGACGAUGGACUCGAACGCCAACGCCUUCGAAAACACCGACGAUUACGACUCUGAUGACACCCUGAAGGCCGGCUAUUUCGCUGCUAGCAAGUCGACGCCUGCCCACGAGAAGACUUCGGUCAAACGAUCCGCCGAUGAGAUGUUGUCCGCCGCCAAUCAGGCAAUGGACGUCAAGAAGACAUAUGGUGGUAUCCCCCGCUCUGACGCAAU